AUGGGAUCCGGCGCGAGCAGCGAUGUCAAGGAGUUGCAGCGGAUUUUCGAUGCCUGUGAUUUGGAGUCCUGCGGGUCCCUUACUGGGGAGGAUUUGAAGAUUGCCUUGGCAGGCGUCGGUCUGGCCAAAGAUGCUGCCAAGACCGUGGAUUUCCCAGCCUUUUGCGAAUUGGUGAAGGAGGCCAUGGUGUCAUCACCAGAUCCUCCACGCAUCGUCCCUUUUGCACUGCGGGGAAUGAGGUUCGAGCAGCUGCAAGCGAUUUGCGAGGUUUGUGGUUGCGGCCAGGAUGGAUGGCUGCUGGCCCAGUGCCAAAGCGCGAUGGAAUCAGAGUCUGGAACCAGACGCCUCAAGGAAGAUUUGUACAGCCUCAAUCGCUUCUUGGUUCGCCCGGCCACUGCGGGUCCUGAAGAUGUGCGCCUGCCGGAGAGUUGCUUGGAGCUUGCUGACAACGACACCGAACGACUUGAAAUGGGAGUUUACGAGGCCCCGUCCGCGUCGGACCUUGCCACGAUCACCUCGCGCCUAGCUCUGCCGCGGCCGAAGCGGAGCUGCUGCUUCGCUGAGCUCGUGAACCCAGCGGGGCUUCAGUGUGACUACUUCGUCAGUCAUAGUUGGGGACAUCCCUUUGUCAGCAGCGUAGCGACACUCUCCAACUUCUUAAAGGGCGCUGAUGGCAGCCACUCCACUGCUUUUUGGAUUUGCCUUUUUGCACUGAAUCAGCACCGGCUGCAAGAGGAGCUUGGCACGUCUUCGGUGCGCGCCAUGCCAUUUGCCUAUGGCCUGGCCAAGGCUUCGCAGGGCGUGCUGAUGAUCUUGGACCAAAAGGUGGAACCGUUUCGUCGUCUGUGGUGCCUCUACGAAGCCCAGAGGGCCUGGGAGCUGCACCGACCACUCCAACUGCUGUUGGACGGUGAGACAGACGGAGGUUCUGGACCAUCUUUGGCCCUGCUUGUAGCCGAAGAACUCCAAAAGCUCUCGGCAUUCGAUGCCUCAGCCAGUGUUGCAGGGGACAAGAUCAAGAUUUGGCAUCAGGUCAUCAAUCGAUCGGUGCAGCGAGCCUUUCCCAUGGCGUCAUUUGAAGCUCAGUUUGACGGAAGCCACUGCCGCAUACGUGGUUUUGGACCCUCAUGGUUCAGCCACUUUGAUUCAAAGGUCAGCCAGCUCCUGGCCUCGCCGGUCUUCCGAUUCUGCUUGGAUGCUGGCGACGGCCCGUUGGCACUGCGCUAUCUGGGCCUCGGGGCUGAAGCUUCACGGCAAGAGCUUCGAUGCUGCGAGAAGUUGCUGCCGAAAUCCCUGCAGGAGGUAUGGGUGUCCAACCCUUCCUGUGGAGAGUGCCGACUUCUCCAUGUCUACGCACACCUGGGAGAUCUACAAAACUUGGACUUUCUGCUCGCAGCUCGAGCAGAUCCGACGGAGCGCGCCAAAGAUCCCAAGCAGCGCGCGGCGUUGCACUUCGCGGUGAAAGCGGGACAUGACGAGUGCGCAAAGCGGCUAUUGGAAGGCAAGGCAUUGGCACAUGACCCAGAUAAGAACCGAGAAACUCCACUGCAGAUAGCUGCAUAUGGAGGUUUUACCUCCCUGGUGCAGCUUUUGCUCCGCGCCGGUGCCGUGGUGAACGCUGCGGACCGCGACGGCUGGACGGCGCUGAUCUGCGCGGCACGCGCGGGGCACGGGGAGACCGUGGAGCUCCUGUUGCUGAACAAAGCCUCGCCACAUGCGAUGGAUUCCUUGGGUCGAAACGCCUUUCGACAUGCCAAGAUGGCUGGCUACGACUUGCCACAGCUGGAGAAAUGCUCAGAAAUGCUGGAGGAGGACGAUUUGGAGUGUCAGAUGGUAGACCGCUGA